AUGGCGGCUACUGUUAAUCCCAAAAGCCUGGACUUGGAACCGGUCUCCAACGGCAACUUUCCGGUUCAACGUUGCAACUCAUUCCGGUCCAGUAGCUUCAAAUUAAAGCGCCAUGCCGAAAAACCGCUCAUUGUUGACGAUGACGAUUCGUCCUUUGAUCGUGACGAUGAGAACAUUCAUUACUUCCGGGAUUUAAUCCGGAAGGGCAAAGAGGAGAUCGAGGCGUCGAUUCUUGAUCCGAGGGAUGAGGGGACGGCGGAUAGUGGGAUCAUGAGAAAUCCUUGUAUGGUUCGUCUUACCGGAAAACACCCUUUCAACUCUGAGCCACCGUUGGAGCGUCUCAUGCGCCACGGCUUUAUUACUCCGGCCCCCCUUCAUUAUGUUCGCAACCACGGUCCGGUUCCGAAGACUGAUUGGUCCAGCUGGACGAUUGACGUCACUGGACUUGUUGAAAACCCCACCUCCUUCACUCUUGACCAGCUUCUCAAUGACUUCAGAUCUCUGGAGUUUCCGGUGACCAUCAUGUGCUCCGGCAACCGACGGAAGGAGCAAAACAUGGUCAAACAAACCAUCGGAUUCCACUGGGGAGCCGCCGUGACCUCCACCUCACUGUGGCGGGGAGUGCCAUUGCGCGAAGUACUGAAACGAUGUGGCAUCUUCAGCCGUCAAAGAGGAGCUUUAUACAUAUGGAUGGAAGGCGCCGACGAUCUCCCUGGCGGCGGCGGCUGCAGCUACGGCACCAGUAUAAGAAGAGAAAUGGCAAUGGACCCAUCAAGAGACAUCAUAAUAGCUUACAAGCAAAACGGCGACCCUCUCCCGCCGGACCACGGCUUUCCGGUUAGGAUGAUCGUUCCGGGGUUCACCGGCGGGCGCAUGGUCAAGUGGCUGAAAAGAAUCAUCGUCACCAAUAGAGAAUCUGACAAUUAUUAUCAUUUUAUGGACAACCGUGUGCUACCAUCCCACGUGGCCGAUUCCGAGCUGGCACAUGCUGAAGGUUGGUGGUACAAACCGGAGUAUGUAAUCUACGAGAUGAACAUAAACUCCGUGAUAACUACGCCGUCACACGACGAGACGCUGCCGAUCAAUUCACAGACGACGCAGUCCACCUACACGUUGAGGGGGUACGCAUAUUCCGGUGGUGGGAAGAAGGUGACACGUGUGCAGGUGACGUUGGACGGUGGGGAGACGUGGAAAAUAUGUAAUUUGGAGUACUAUGAAAAACCAAACAAGUAUGGGAAAUAUUGGUGCUGGAUUUUUUGGUCAAUAGAGGUAGAAAUUGUGGACCUGUUUGGCUCCAAGGAGAUUGCUGUCCGAGCAUGGGAUGAGACCAACAACACACAACCAGAGAACCUCAAUUGGAAUCUCAUGGGCAUGAUGAACAACUCAUGGUACCGAAUCAAGAUAAACAUAUGCAAACCCCAAAAAGGAGAGAUUGGAAUCGUGUUCCGCCACCCAACGCUCGCCGGCAACCAAUCCGGCGGCUGGAAGGAAAAGGAUAAACCAAUUCCGACCAACUACUCUUCCCAACCCUCAAACAACAAGACCACCACCACCACCACUACCACCUUCUCCAUGUCGGAAGUCAAAACCCACAACUCACUGGAAUCCGCCUGGAUCGUCGUCCACAACCACGUUUACGACUGCACUCCUUUCCUCAAAGCCCACCCAGGCGGCGCCGACAGCAUCCUCAUCAACGCCGGCACUGACUGCACCGAAGAGUUCGACGCCAUCCACUCCGACAAAGCCAUAAAAAUGCUCCAAGACUAUAAAAUCGGCGACUUAUUGAUCCUAAACGACAACAAGGACGACACGUCAUCACCAAAACCGAUUACAAAACAUGUGGCACUAGUCCCACGUGAGAAAAUCCCCGUGAAAUUGAUAUCGAAGAUUUCAAUUUCUCACAACACGAGAAUUUUCAGAUUUAGUCUUUCUUCAGAAGAUCAAACUUUAGGACUACCCGUUGGAAAACACAUAUUUUUAUGCGCCAAUAUCGACGGGAAGCUCUGUAUGAGAGCCUACACGCCAUCGAGCGCCGUUGACCAAAUGGGCUACUUUGACUUGGUCGUAAAAAUCUACUUCAAAAACAUUCAUCCUGAUUUCCCCAACGGUGGCCUCAUGUCUCAAUAUCUAGACUCACUCCCGUUGAGCUCAAUCGUGGACAUAAAAGGCCCAUUGGGCCACAUCGAGUACAUGGGCCGCGGCAACUUCACGGUCCACGGAAAGCCCAAAUUCGCGAAGAAGCUUGCCAUGGUGGCAGGUGGGACUGGAAUAACGCCCAUCUAUCAAGUGGUGCAAGCGAUUUUGAAAGAUCCGGAGGAUGAGACGGAGAUGUUUGUGGUGUAUGCGAAUCGGACGGAGGAGGAUAUUUUGCUGAGGGAAGAGUUGGACACGUGGGCGAAGGAGAACCAGAGAUUGAAGAUUUGGUACGUUGUUAAGGAGGGCGUUAAAGAAGGGUGGCCGUACAGUGUGGGGUAUAUUAGGGAGUGUGUUCUGAGAGAGCAUAUUCCGAUGGGGUCGCCGGAGACUUUGGCUUUGGUGUGUGGGCCGCCGCCCAUGAUUGAGCUCACAGUUAAGCCCAUAUUGAAGGAUUUGGAGUAUGAUUUGGAGAGUUCGUUGCUGGUGUUUUGAUCUUUUUAACUAGCUCUUCAAUGAUAAUAUACCAUAUGGGAAUAAUUUUAUCUUUUGUUUGUUGUAAUAAAUGUUGUAGAAGGGGGUUAAAAUUAUUACAUUUAUGGUCCUGGUGAUCAAUUAAAUUAAUAUGCUUUUAUUCGUUUGUAAUAAAAAUGAUGAACUUUAAUA